UCCCGUGGUGUGCCUGGAGCUCCGGGAGAAUGAAGGCGAUGCUUCCGACUGCUGCUCUUCUUGUGUUGGUCUCUGUGCCCUGGGUGAAGGCAGUGUGGUUGGGAAGACUGGACCCUAAGCAGCUCCUCGGGCCCUGGUACAUCCUGGCUGCGGCCUCACGUGCAAAGAACUUCAUGGUGGAGAAGGACAUGAAGAACGUGGAAGGGGUCAUGGUGUCUCUUACUUCAGAUAACAAACUGAGAGUUCAAUCCUCCCGGCACGGGCCAGAUGGGUGUAGCCAGAGCACCGUGGAGCUGCUGAAGCAAGGUUCCCGAUGGGUGUUUGAAAAUCCCUCUCUGGGUGUACUGGAUUAUCGAGUACUGGGCACAAACUUCAAGGACUACGCUGUUAUCUUCACACAGCUGGAAUUUGGGGAUGAGGCCUUCAACACAGUGGAGUUGUAUAGUCGGACAGAGAUGGCCAGCCGCGAGGCCAUGCAGCUGUUCACCAAAUGGAGCCAGGGCCUGGGCUUCUUGUCCCAACAGCAGGCCCAGCUACAGAAGGACCUCACUUGUGCAAAGAAGAUUCUCCAGUGAGUGCCCCACUCUGGAGAUAAGCACCACAGCAUCCUGGCGUCCUGGUGGCGGUGGGCAGGCGGUGUCUGCUCGGUGGCUGGUGUACUGUUGCAGGUUAGCUGCUCCCCUAGGCUCUUGCUUAGGUUGAAAAUAAAGUGAUUUCACAAGUAA